AUGAUGAAUUUUGAAGUCAGCAGUACCAAACAAAUUGGUGUUGGUCUCACCGCUUUCGGUGUGUUCUUCAUAUUUCUCGGUAUUUUAAUGUUCCUUGAUGCAGCACUGCUAGCUAUAGGAAAUCUUCUCUUCAUUGUCGGAAUAACGUUCGUCAUCGGUAUCCAUCGGACUCUUGUGUUCUUUUUCGAGGUUCGCAAGCUGAAAGGGAGCAUUCUUUUCUUCGGAGGUCAGUUGUCUUUCGAAAUAGAAUUGAAGGUAUUUUCAUUGUUUUGUUCGGUUGGCCUCUUGUUGGAAUCAUUUUUGGAAUUCUGGGGAUUCGUUUUGCUUUUCGGCGGGUUUCUUCCUGGUAUUGUCAAUCUGCUCCGAAGUAUACCAGGUGUUAGCACGAUCACGUAUUUUCCUGGAAUCAAACGGAUAAGCAACCUGCUGUGCUUGAUCGACUGGCUCCAGAAUCCAAGUACCCUGUAUAAAUGGUGA